UAAAAAGGCAGUCCCAAUGCGCUUCCGGCGUUAGAUCGACGUAAGCGUUUGAGUUGAACAUUCAGUGGUGCCAAACAACAUUGUGGAAAACCUUCGUGUAAAACAUACCGUUCCAAGAUAUUCCCGGGUUCAGAUAUUUCGUUCCAUUUGAAAGGUAUCCCAACCGCUCCAGGGUAAUCAUUCUCUGUUUCACGAACUACACGAUGGCGUCCGGCACCUUUACCCCUCGUCUGCUUGUGGCGCUAAUGAUCUGUACCCUGAUUGCCGACCUCACCACACUGACUGCUGCCCGGCCGCAGGAUAGCGAUGCCGCAUCGGUAGCAGCGGCCAUCCGGUACCUGCAGGAGCUGGAGACUAAGCAUGCUCAGCACGCCAGACCCAGAUUCGGCAAACGGGGUGGCUACCUUAACCCGGCAGUAUUUGGACAGGACGAACAGGAGAAUCUUUACAGGUUGAUUGGCAGGAUCCAGCAUUUUCGAGAUGAACAGCUUCCGACCAACUUCUAGAUGGCGUCCCGAGCUCGGACACAACGGUACCCCGUAACACAUCGUGUUUCUCCUGUCCCAUCAAGCUGGCCGCUAGCCAGUGCUAGCCUAUGACGAUAUGAUGUUGAUCCUUUCGCCAAAGCUCCAUCCAAAGUUCGGUGCAUUGUGAAUAGCAAUUCAAUGUUGCCACCCAUACAAACUUACGCUCAACCAUUUAACCUGCUUCUAGUUCUACACAACUCUUUUUCUUCGAUUGUUUGCUGACCAGUAUGUAGUAAUAAAACAUUAUUUAUAUAGCUAAUCGAACAUCGACACCGCCCCUCAGGCACAGACACAUCCAUGUAUCCUUCCGUGUCCGGGUUGCACAAUGCAUGGCUCGGACAUGCGAAGCAAACCGUUGGACAAAACGAAUCGAAAUAAAAUUACCUGUACAAUUAAACAAAUCCAUACCGCUUAUUUACGUACACCACCUUACAGCAGACCAUACAGGAACAGCUGUUUUAGCUCGUAAGACCAUGUUGUGAUUACACUGCAAACAUUUUCCCGUUACGUUCAGACAGAAGACACUAUUCGUAAUAAAUCUUUCUUGCUUAGUGUAUAUGCCCAAACUAAACCUAAAAACCGUGUAUGAUUUCGUUGUUGUCUGUGGAAACUAUGAAGUAUAUAUAAUAAUAUAUUUGAGCUGCAUUAGAAAAAAAACGCAUACUGCU